AUGACUGGAGACGAGAAGCCGAAACAUAUAAGUGUGGACGAAAAGAAGUCUAAAGAAUUGGACACCGAUAGUAUUAUGAGACAAUUGGGGCAAGCGGGAAGGUUCCAUCUUCGAGUGUACGUGCUGGUCGCGUUUGCUGCUAUUCAAGUUGGAUUACUUCAUACCACUUAUAUCUUCUUAGCUGGACGCGUGCCUUACAGGUAA